AUGGCCUGCCUGAGCUCCUCACAGUUCCAAAAGUUCCAGGAGGAUGGAUUCUUGGUGUUGGAAGACUUCUUUUCUGCAGACGAGUGUGCGGCCAUGCAACAGAGGAUUGGCGAGAUUGUGGCGGAGAUGGAGGUUCCCCGCCACUGCCGCACGGAAUUUACCACCCAGCAGGAGGAGCAACUUCGAGGCCAGGGCAGCACAGACUAUUUCUUGAGCAGUGGGGACAAGAUUCGAUUCUUCUUUGAGAAGGGUGUUUUUGACAGUCAAGGAAAUUUCCUGGUCCCUCCAGAGAAGUCCAUCAACAAAAUCGCCCAUGCUCUGCACGCCCACGACCCUGUCUUCAGGACCAUCACACACGCCCCCAAGAUGCAGGCUUUGGCCAGAAGCCUGGGCCUCCAGAAGCCCGUGGUGGUGCAGAGCAUGUACAUCUUUAAGCAACCUCAUUUUGGCGGCGAAGUCACCCCUCACCAGGAUGCCACCUUCCUGUACACGGAGCCCCUGGGCCGGGUGCUGGGCAUCUGGAUUGCAGUGGAGGACGCCACCCUGGAGAACGGCUGCCUCUGGUUUAUUCCUGGCUCCCACACCAGUGGUGUGCCAAGAAGGAUGGUUCGGGCCCCCGCUGGCUCAGUGCCUGGCACCAGAUUCCUCGGGUCAGAGCCAGCCCGGGAUGACAGGCUCUUUGUGCCCACACCAGUGCGGAGAGGAGCCCUGGUCCUGAUCCACGGAGAAGUGGUGCAUAAGAGUGAGCAGAACCUCUCGGACCGCUCGCGCCAGGCCUAUACUUUCCACAUCAUGGAGGCCUCUGACACCGUCUGGAGCCCAGAGAACUGGCUCCAGCCGACCACUGAGCUGCCCUUCCCUCUGUUGUACACCUAAAGGCCCUCUGGGGCUGGGCCCUGACCCCUCCCAGGUGAAGCUGUGGGCCUCCAGCACUAAUGCCUCACCUGGCCUCCCAGUGGGAAGGCCGUGUCUCCCCUCCUGGGCUUUCCUCCCAUGAAAGUGACAGGGCAGAGGCCAGGUUGGGUGGGUCCCUGCCUCUCUGCCUCCCCACUGCCCCAACACAAGCUUCCCCCAAGGUAGCCUCUCAGCCACAAAAGGGUCUGGCCCCUCUCAGUCCUCUCUCCUUUCAGAUGGAACUCUGAUCAUGCCAAUGUAAGACACCGAAUAAAAAUGA